CGUAACGGCUAUUUUGGGCAUGGCACUGAGGUACCAACUGCAACUUAUGAGCAGACUUCGGAACGUUCUGCCAACAUGUGGUGGCCUUGCGACAACGCUGCAUCAACCAAUAUACCACCAGCCCGUGCUGCACAAUGCGUUAAAGCCACCGCUUAUUGUCAGCUGCUGCCGUUAUGCGAAAGGGGCGAAUCGACCUAAGCACUCUGGAAAGGAAGCCAAACCUAAAAUUGCACUCACCGAUGAUGAACUUUCAGAAGUGGUCCGUAUUCAAUAUUUUCGAUCAGAAAUGCAAAAGGUGGUGCAGCGGUUGCAGGAAAGUUUCAUCAAGCACCUUACUAUAAACUCUGCUGCAGGAAGCAUUGACACGAUACCGGUGCAUGUUGAUGGACAGGAAUACAGUUUGGCAGAGGUAGCCCAAAUAGCCAAGAAAAAUCCCCAGCUUAUCGUGCUGCAUAUGGCCAGCUUCCCUGAUGCCAUCAAGCCAACUAUACAGGCCAUUCAGGCAUCUGGGUUGAACAUUUCCACACAACAGGAUGGAACGACAGUGUUCUGCCAUCUUCCCAAGAUCACAAAAGAGCACAGAGAAUCACUUGCUAAAAAUGCAAAGACAUUAUUUAACAAGGCAAAAGAGGAUCUGCUCAGUAUCGAGCGAAAGUACAUCAAGGAGAUCCAGAAAAAUAAGCAGAAUACCUCUGAAGAUCUUUCAUAUAAUGCCACAUUACAGGUGAAAAUGGAAAUAGAAAAUACAGUGAACAAAGCUGAUGCUAUGACCAAAGCCAAACAGCAGGACUUGUUGGGAGAAAAGUAGUGCCUUUGGUAUGUGUGAAUGUACUGGUAGGGGGGGGGGGGG